UCAAAUAGGAAAUCCUCGUCUUUCCCUCUGCAUUCUCAUUCCCUCCUUUUAUCUAAAACCCUAUCGCUCGUUCAAAUCGAUUCGCAAGGUUUUUCAAUUCUUGAUGAUCUCAUCGGAUCUGGAACGCUAUUUGUCUCUAGGUUUCUCAAAUUUUGUGGCAAUUCUUAUUCGGUUUCUUGCUAUCCUUGUUUUAUUCUCACGAUAGAGUUUCGAUUCUGGCUAUUCUUCGCAUGGACUACCGCGUUUCGGAUAGCAGCGGUACUGAUGAUGAUCUCCCUUCUUCACAUCACAAUAGAAUUUCAAGAAGAGGACAUGUGACCGGAAAUGGAACAUCUGUGGUAGGUUCUGCCCCAUAUUCUUUGCACAGUGACAUGGAGGCCCAAAUUCAUGCACUUGAGCAAGAAGCUUAUAUCGCUGUCCUGCGCGCUUUCAAGGCUCAGUCUGAUGCCAUCACUUGGGAGAAGGAGGGUUUGAUAACUGAACUUAGAAAGGAAUUGAGGGUAUCUGACGACAAACAUCGAGAGCUUCUAACCAGGGUCAAUGGCGAUGAGAUCAUCCAAAGGAUAAGAGAGUGGAGACAGGCAGGUGGGAACCAAGCUGCCAGGUUUAGUGCCUCUCAGCCCGUCCACGAUAUUAUACCCAGUCCUACUGUUUCAGCAUCGCGCAAGAAGCAGAAGACAUCCCAAUUGGGUCCUGGUAUAUCCUCAAAGAAUCCCAUGCAAUACCCUUCGACAGGUUUGGCAGUAAAUAGACGUUUCAUGGGCCAUGGUACCUCUGGCGCUUUUGUGUCAAAUGAGCCUGCUGAACGGGCAACAUACGAUCCAUUAAUUGGAAGAAAAGUUUGGACAAGAUGGCCUGAAGACAACAACUUCUAUGAAGCUGUUAUAACUGAUCACAACCCUUCUGAGGGCCGGCAUGCCUUAGUCUACGAUAUAAAUACAGCAUCUGAGACCUGGGAAUGGGUUGAUCUCAAGGAGAUCUCUCCUGAGGAUAUCCGAUGGGAAGGUGAGGAUCCAGGCAUCUCUCAUCAUGGGGCCCUUGGGCUGCAAGGUCAUGGGAUUAAUAAGCCCUUGAGCCGUGGUCGUUUUAUUCCAAGUGUUGGAAGAGGAACAGAGUCCUUGAAGGAGCAUUCAAAAAUAGAAUUUCUGCCAUCACAGAAUGGUGUUCCAAUUAAAUUGGCGGAUGACAUUGAAUUACUAAACACAGAGACACUAGUAAGAGAGGUGGAGCAGAUCAUUGUUUUGAGUGAUCCAGAUCCUCUUGAGCUUGAGAAGGCACAGACUAUGCUCAAAGAGCAAGAACAGGCACUUAUCAACGCUAUUGCAAGGCUUGCAGAUGCUUCUGAUGGUGACGGUGAUGGCGAACAGCCGCUUUCAAAUGGGUGAUGAACGGAGAGCUGGAACGAAGUUAUAUGAAUCCUGCGUCACCAGUAGUUUGGGAAACAGGCGAGGGUUGUAUCGUCAUGCUUGGAAUGGUUGAACAGUUGAUGGCUUUGAAGCUGGUAAUUCUGUUGUGCCAGUCUUAAGCAGGCGAGGGCUGAUGGUUUCAUAGUUGGGUGACUGACUGAAUUUCAUUCGGAGGGAAAGUGGCAUCAAAUAACCCGCAAGAUGGUGUUGAUCUUGAUGUCCUAUUGUGUUUCUAAUUCUUGUUUUUCCCUCUUUUGUGAGGUGGGAAGACAGAUCUGUUUAUUUAUUGAUGCAUUUUUCAUUGACAUUGAUCUGUGUACUCUACUGGCUUCCCAUUGGAAGAAACAGUCUCAUUUUCACAGCCGUUUCUUCUCUUAAAAAAAAAAACGGACGAGCUGGUGUUGGAUUUAUUUAUUCAUCAGCUAUUUUGUGCGUCAAACGCAA